UUCAUGACAUGUUACUAUCAAAACAUUCAAUCUAAUUUUGUUUUGCUGCCUGUUUGCUUAAUUCCUCCUUCAUCAGCUCUUGCAGCAACGGUGCCUCCUGAGUCCUCUGCUGACCCUCCACCUGCAGCUCCUCUUCAUCAGCCGCCGGCUGAGCUUCCCAGUCACUGGAAGGAUCAGCUUCCAUCUUACCAGCAGGCGUGGAUCCGGCAGACGUUGUUCAAGGCCAACCCACGCACCGGGAAGCCAGAGCUGGUCUCACAGCUGAAGCUGUGGUGGUACCCUCCUCAGGCCCCCCUCAUUCACGCCCAGCCUCCCGCCUCACCUGACCUCUUCUUCUGCCGCCCACUCUUCCUGUGGAUGCCCCAGAAGAUGUGGCAGUUCCCUCUGACCUGCAUCUGCCCAGCCUGUGCCAAGCACAGACUCACCGCCGCCGGAGUCUACAGGACGGUGCGGAAGGUGCUGGACAUCGACGGCUGGUACGACCUCGCCACCGAGUACCUGGAGUGCAAAGGCUGCUCCAAGAAGUAUCCAGCGUGGUCGGAAGACAUCUUGGGCCAGCUGGAUAUGGGCCACCGCAGCCAGUUCCCAGCUCUGCUCACUUACAGAUACUCGUGUGGCGUCCGCGUGCUGCGGAUGAUGAGGGAGAGGACGAUGGGCAACAGCGCGACCCAGCUGUUCAAGAAGCUGCAGGAGCAGCACAGCGAGGCGUGGAUGGAGCGCGUCCUGCAGUACCUGUCAGCUUGUGAGCCCUUCGCUCGGUCCGCUGUUGUCCGCCCCCCCGUCUUCGCUGAGCCUCCCUGCCUACCUGCCCUCCCCAAGCCCAAGUGGCUGCUGGCUGUGUACGCUAGGGAUGUGCUCAGCCGGCUGCACGAGGUGAAGGCCAAGAUCACCUCCAUCUUUGGCUCGGUCCUCAAGAUGGACUCCACCAAGAAGGUCACGAAGAAGCUCGCCGGUGCUGCCGCAGGUACAGCUGCCUGGUGUACUAAUGUCGGGAACGAGUACGGCCAAGUGCUCGUCUCAGUCCUGACAGCUGGUGAGGGACAGGCGCUUGACGCCAUGGCAGCUGGCCUGGUGAGGCGGUACAGUGAGGUGGGUGAGGCACCUCCCAAGGUCAUCUAUGUGGACAGAGACUGCUGCAGCCAGCGUGGCCCCUGUCGGGUGAAGGCCAUGUUUACAGGGUGGGAUGAGCUCCAGGUGCGCCUGGACAUCUGGCACUUCAUGCGGCGAUUUGCUGCAGGUGUCACCACGGAGGCUCACCCCCUGUACGGCGUGUUCAUGGCCCGCCUCUCCACCUGCGUCUUCCAGUGGGACCCGGAGGACGUCGCCGCUCUUCGCCGCGCCAAGGAGGGCGAGCUGGCAGCGAGGGGAGUCGGCCACAUCUCCGAGGAGGCGGUGACCACGCUGAUCACCCGGAGGGAGCUGGCGCUGCACUGCAGGAGGAGGACCAGGGGGGCGGAGGAGACCAGCAGACUGAUCGGGUCCCUCGUCAGUCUGUUUGACAGCCCGAGCGGGAAGGACACUCUGGGCGUUCCUCUGCUGGACCACGAGCGGAUCCAGCAGAUCUGGAAGGAGCAGCAGAAGCACCUGAGCUGUAUCCAGGACCCGGAGGACUUCCCGCUCUACAUCAAGACCGGCACCCUGAAGAAAGGCAAUGUAGAGCUGUGCUGCUACAGGUGUGCCCGGGGCUCCACCUCCCUGGAGUCCUUCCACCUCCACCUCAACAGGUUCAUUCCAGGAACCAGUGCCAGCGACGCCCAUUUCCAGGCGUACCUUCUGGACGGGCUGAUGCGCUGGAACGAUGACCGGAUGGAGGAAGCUGUGAAGGGAGCAUCUUCCAUCCGGUCCUACGGCAGCGCUCUGAGAGAGGCGGUGGACCAGCUCAGCCAGAAGGUGCUCGGGAGACGCUGGGAUGAGCGCUAUCGCACCCCUGGAGCCUACACAGGUGAACUGCUGGGUAUGGAGUACCUCUAUAGCCAGACCGGCAAGGAGCUGACCCCAGUGCUCCAGGACACCGAGGAGGAGGACAGGCUGGUGGAGGAGGUGAAUGAUGAGGACAUACAAGAUGAGGGGUAUGUUGAAGAGAGCGUGGAGGACAUCACCGUUCCUGUUCUGUAUGAGGACGACCCCUCCCGUGCUGUGCAGAGCAGGCCCUCAUCAUCACCGGGUCUUCAGGCCUCUUCUCAGCCACCUCCACCUCCUCCUCCUCAGGCCUCUGCACCACCUGCUGAUGUGCUGCCCUCAAGCAGCACAUCUGGUGAGGCUCAGGGAGAAGUCAUCGGGCCGGAUGGGGUCGCCGGGUGGGACAAGGUCCAGGAUCUCGCCGCCUGCCUGGUGGAUCUCCAUGAGGCUCCUUACCUCACCGAGCUGCAGGUGGGCCAGAUCGUCCGGCUGUGGACAGCUCUCCCUGAGGUGGACAAACAGCGUGUGGACUACCAGCCUCGCCACCAGGAGCGCCUCACACACGGCCGCUUCAAGGCUCCGAAGCGGUCUGGAGUCACACCGGGCGUGGAGAGCGUGAAGCGCUGCCUGAUAGGCCAUCCUGGGGGUCCGGCACAGUGGCCCAGCACCAGCCGCUUGGUUGAGGCAAUGUGCAUCAAACUGUGCACGUUGCACAAGUCUCCAACCAAGAAGGCUGGAGUGUCGACCCCCAGGUGGUCCAAGAUCCUCGGGGCGUACCACCACAUCCGGGAGCUGGUGCUCAACACGCCGCGGGUCAUGGCGGAGACCACCCUGCAGCUCUUUGAGCAAAAAGGUGAACUGGAUCAGACACUUACUGGAAAACGCAGACGACCUGUCCGAGGGCUGCUAAUCCAUAUCGCUCUGCACACGUGGAGUCCUUCGGGUCUCUAUUCUCUGGCCAAUGCUUUUAUCCCUGCAGAUGCUUUCCUUGGGCUCAUUUCUUCGAAAAUACAGCAUGCGGUUUGA